GAGCGCCAGGAAGGACUGCACCAGGGGAGCACCUUAAAGGGCCCGGGCACCCCGAAAUAGUCAUCAAUAAACAACGCCGCCCCCAAGCAGCGAGCCAGGGGCCCCUGUAAGCAUCCCGCUGGAUGGACGCUCCCGCUGAUUGGACGGUCAGUGUAUGCAAAUCACCGUGUGCUGACGUCACUUCCUCGCUGUAUACCCUGCCGCCAUUUUGUGGCGGAGAGUGAGUCAGUGUGGGAGAAGGCGGGCCGGCGGCGGACCGUGAGGCAGCGGAGCGGGCGGCGAGAGGGAUCGUGCUCACCCACCCACACGGUGUAACGGCGCAGCCCACACUCACAGCCCGAGGGGGAGGAGGGACGGCCCGUGUGACCCGAGGAGCGGCUCCGCCACAGACAGCGCUCCUGUCAAAAUGUUUCAACCACCUGUUAAUAACCUUGAAAAAAUUAGAAAAGCUCGGAAAAGGGUGAAGCAACUGCUGCUGCAGAUUGGCUUGGAGAGUUGCAGAGAGGUUUUAGAGGAAAUCAACAGUAAUAAUCCAGGAGACUAUCAUUUUUCCAGUACAUCAUGGGCGGAUGUCUCGCUUUGGGAAGCUAAUGGACGCAGAAAUGAUUACCGAUCAAAACCAUUUUGCUGCAGUUUAUGCAAAUUUUCAACUAAGUUGCUGUCUUCAUUUAAAAGUCAUCUCAAACGAUAUCAUGAAGAUGAAAGGGACCAAGAGCUUAUGUCUGCUUGUCCUAAUUGUCCAUUUACUUCUCGGUCAAAAACUGUUGCAAAACACAUACGGAUGUUUCACAUGACCGCUCGCAAAGUCCCUAUUCCCGCUUUAAAAGAGUUUCCAAAUGUGCAAAAGAACAAUCUCAAUUUCUCCUGCUCAAAAUGUCCUUUCACUGAAAAUCUUUACUACAGCAUGAAGAAGCAUGUGCUUUUAACGCAUUAUAAGACUGUAGCUGACUCGUACUUUGGUGAAAAAUCUGAAGAGGAAAUCUUCAAUAUCCCUGGCAUGAAGAUUCAACCAGUGAAUAGGUUUUUCUGCAGGAAAUGUCAUUAUUCAGUGUCAUCUCAUGAUGCCUUGAUGUACCACGUUUUAACAUCUGAAAAACACAGGGACCUGGAGCUGAAACUAAGAACCGAUAUUUCUGAAACGAGCCGGGCAUAUCUGAAAAAAGGCAAAACCAAGUCAAGAUUGCCCGUGGUGUCUGAUGCUUCUGCACCUAAACAAACAGAAAUUACUUCAAGCUCCUCUGCUUCAGUUCCGGUGUCCGUUCCUCAAAGACCUAAGAAACUUUUGGAAAUUGCACCGGCUGUUAAAAAUAAUGGUGUGCCAAACAUAACUAAUGUCACAGAUUCUUCUGGGAGUUUGGUACCAAAACCUCCUACAUCUAUUGCGCCCACAGUCCAAGUAGGAUUUGUUAAUAAUACACAGACCACAUACAAUACAAAUACUCUGUCACAAAACCCAAGCAUUACCCUUCAAACAGCCCUUCCUCAGUCUCUUUUUCUCUCCUCAAGAUUUCCUCUGAACCAGCCUGUGACUGCAACUGUCCUUCCCUCUACUGGACAAAUUAUACCUACUGCUCAGACUGCUGUUAGACCUGCUGUUCUUCCUCUUAAUCAGCCAUUGCCUAGAGGUCUGCUACAUGUGAAUCAGCCCACAGUGCUUACAUGUUCACAGCCUGGUAUCUUUCCUGUAAAUCAGUCUGUGAGACCUGGAAAUAUAACCACAAAUCAAACUGGUGUUCCCCAAAACACCUUCCUCACUGCUCCCAUAUUUAGACAACUUAUUCCAACAGGGAAGCAAGUAAAUGGUAUGCCCACAUAUACUUUUGCUCCGAUAUCUGUGCUGCCUGUUGCUCCUUCUGCUCUUCCUACUGUUAACCCACCAAAAGUGCCAGUGAAGGUGAAGUUGCCUGAACAAGUAAUUCAGAUUUCACGUUCUCCAGUUGGUGCAACAGCAAUUCCUCCUGUCCUGCAACUUAAUACCACCUCUUUGCAAAAGGCUGCAACUCCGGUCCCAUUGGGUAAAGAAGCCAAGCAAUGGAAGACAUGUCCUGUGUGCAAUGAAUUGUUCCCUUCAAAUGUCUAUCAAGUACACAUGGAGGUUGCUCAUGUUACACCUGAUACAAAGCUCAAACCCACAGAUACAACUACCUCCAUUGAAACAAAACAACCGGUUGUUAUUGCAGCUCAAGCAUCUUUUCUGAAAUUGUUGAAAGACAAAUCUAUCAAAUGUGCUUCUUGUCGGACUGUGGCCCAAGAGGAGGAACUUUUAAAGCAUCUGCUCAUGCAUGGAAUGAUUUGUCUGUAUUGCAAAGCUGUUUUCCAUGAAACAAGAAAUUUUGUUUACCAUAUGAAAAUACUGCAUCAAGACAAAAAGACUAUCCACGUAGACUUUUCCAAAAAAGGCCUGCAGAUCCCAACUGAUGCUGAUGGUACUGUACUUUUCCCUCAUUUUGAUUUCACCUUAAAGCUUUCAAGAGAUGUACUGGGAGACAAAGAAAUAAACCUUGCUGUAGUCAUAGGAAGCAAUGCUCAGGCUGCUACAUUAUACCUUAAGUUACAGCACAAAUCUACAGAUACAACUGCUGCAACUGAGGAGCAAGUCUCAAAAUGUCCCUUCUGCAAUUAUGUUCUUUCCAAAACAGAGGCGUAUGAGACACAUUUGAAAGAUAGACACCACAUUAUGCCUACCGUGCAUACUAUCUUAAAGACACCUGCUUUCAAAUGCAUUCAUUGUUGUGGUGUCUACACCGGUAGUAUGACAUUGUCUGCCAUUUCUGUGCAUCUGCUCCGUUGUCGGAAUGCACCCAAAGAUAUCAGCCCUGGAGCUGAAGUUACUCCAGAAAAUAAUGCAGGUAAAACACAAUCUUUAAGAGGGGGAAUGCAUGAUUAUGCAAAGCCACAAAGUUUGACUUCAGACACUCAGCAUAGUGGGAUUGAGACCAACCAGCAGGAUCGUGUCACAACUGAUAAGGAAUUGCCUACUCACAAAAGAAGAAAGGUGGACUUUAACCAAGACCAUGCCUGGAGUCAUGUUGAUGAUGCAUCUCUAGAGUUACUUGCAAUGGUUCCAGAUCGAAAGAUAACUUCCAAUGAAUAUAAAAAGGAAUUCUUAUUACAGUAUUUUCAUAAAAGACCAUAUCCUAGUAAAAAAGAGAUAACCAUACUGUCUAAUUUGCUAGAAAUGUGGAAAAGUGAAGUGUCUUCGUUUAUUGGAACUAAACGAUACAUGUGCAUGAAAUUCCUGAAAACCCAUAAACAGAGGGUGCUGCUUGGAUAUCAGAUGUCUGAACUUAAAAAAGUGAAGCAUGAUCUGGACAUAAAUGAUGAUUACUAAUUCAUUUUAUUUUAUAUACAUACAUAUAAAUGGUGGGGUUUUUUUUGUUUGUUUUUUUUAAGACAUGCUAAAGUGUUUCAAAUGUUACUUUUGCUUUUCCAAUUUGUCAUGGCUUUUUUUUUUUUUUUUUUUACGGUUAGUGAUCUAUUCCAGUGACACA